UGAAAACGGGGUUAAACACAUUUAAAAAACAAGUUACUUCAACUCCAAUAUUUACAUAAACUGAAUAGCCUACGUAAAUAGUCCUCGCUCCAAUUCUUCGUCUGCACACUCAUAUUCUACGCUUGCACAGCUGUCGUGUGUAACCAGAGAGCCUGUAGCAGGUAGGUGUCGUGACUCGUGAAGGUGGAGGAGAGGAGGGCAGACGGAGUGGACGAUUGUUUUACAGGAUGACUGCCUCCCAUUUUCAGCAGUUUAACGAUGGAACUUGAAAAGAGAAGGACCUGUUACGGCAAUAUAUGAAGGGGACAACAGACAAAAACAGUCUGACAGGAGAGAAGUGGAGCGGACAGCCUUUCCAGCUUAAUCAAAAUGCCUUAAUAUGGACUAUUCGAUGAUUUUUUUAAAUACUUUUAUAACACUGUUUUAACCCAAAUUCACGGAAAUUGAUUACCGGUGACAUGACUAUCUUAUCAUGACAAAACCGCUGGUCAACCGAACAGACUGUUCUCCGAGGAGCGCGUGCGUAAUGGAAUUCUUUUGUAGAAAGAAAAGGAAUUUUAGAGCUGCGGUGAGCCUUACUUUGAUUUUUGCCACUUUACUGAUGCUUCAGAAAUUAAUAACAGUCACGGACCCGAAUAUUAAAGGUGUCAACGUGAAAAACAAAUGGUGUGGACCCGAAUGUUCGUCAUUCAAAAGAAAAAGCAUAAAGGCAGUUGAAAAUGCAUCUCAAUCUCGCUGGAAUGACUUGGAGCAGGUGGAAAAAUCCAUGCCAAAACAAUGGGACGUGGAUAGAAUCAUAUGUAGUGAAAAUUCCACGAUAAAGACUCAAGCCUGGUUUCGUCGUUUGAACCCAAGGUUCCGCGAAUUUGUCCUACACAGGCAUUGCAGAUACUUCCCAAUGUUGCUGAAUCACCCCGAGAAGUGUAGCGGUGACGUGGAUGUUCUUGUCGUGGUCAAAUCGGUUAUUGAAGAACAUGACCGACGAGAGGCCGUACGACAGACCUGGGGAAAGGAGGCAGAAAUCCAGGGCUUGAAAAUAAAAACGCUGUUUCUUUUAGGAACUCCUGCCAGUGGCAAAGACGCACGGAAUUUACAAGCCCUGGUCCAUUAUGAAGACCGAACUUACGGUGACAUCUUGCAGUGGGACUUCAUGGACACCUUCUUCAAUCUCACUUUAAAGGAAGUGAACUUUCUGAGGUGGUUCAACAUCUACUGCCGUGGAGUUCCCUUCAUCUUCAAAGGGGACGAUGAUGUGUUUGUCCACACCAAGAACCUCGUGGAACUAAUUGGCUUUAGAGUGGAUGAGAACAGGGUGGAAAACCUCAUUGUAGGGGACACUAUUUUUGAAGCUAAACCGAUCAGAAACCACCAGAGUAAAUAUUUCAUUCCGAAAGAGUUGUAUGAUACGCGCUAUCCACCUUAUUUGGGUGGGGGAGGAUUUCUAAUGUCCUCUCAGGUGGCUCGCAGGCUCUUCGUGGUGUCUGAGAGCGUGGAGCUUUACCCCAUUGAUGAUGUGUUUUUGGGCAUGUGCCUUCAGAAGCUGCAGAUCGUGCCCGAGCAGCAUCUAGGCUUCAAGACAUUCGGGAUCAUAAAGCGCAAAGUGACGCCGCUGAACCGGGAGCCGUGCUUCUUCCGCAAACUCAUCGUGGUGCACAAACUCGCUCCGCAGGAGCUGAUGCGCAUGUGGAAUCUUGUACAAAACGAGUACUUGAUCUGCGCCAGACAAUUCGUAAUCGACUAGCUAUUUACAAAGACAUAAAGUAGAUAUUCUUUCAAAUGACACGUGUUUGCUGAUUUAACCUUUCUUUUUUUACGUUUUCUAAGCGACGAUGACGACUACUUGUGUUAUCAAUUGUCAAAUGUAAUAAAUCACAAGUUAUUAUCGUUUUCCAAUUCACCAUCUUGGGGAACAAAUAUUGUUCUAAAAAACGGGCUAGUUGUCACACUUGAAUGUUUCUCAGGGUAGAUUUAUUUUUCCAAGUACAUUUUUAAACGCAUACCAUAUAGCUACAAAAUUUGUAUGUCAAUUGUGAAGUUCACCAGGAACCUUACAAAGAAUGGAGUGUAGAUUUUAAGCACCAUAUAGGCCUAAGUAAGAUUAAUUAAAGUGUUUUUAUGUGUGAAGUCAAACCUUCAGCAUUGUGCAAGGAACAAACUGACAUUUAAGUCGGCGUUCAGUUCACUCCUAUAUUGUGCUUUUGCCAAAAAUCUUAGGCUCCAUUCAACAUAAUUUAAUUUUUGGGUAAACAAUUACCCCAUGGCCAUGACACCCAAUCAACACCUAACUUUUACAAAGCUAAAUAUGUGGAGAAUUUUUUUAGAUUAAAAAAAAAAGAUUGUGAAAACUUUUUUCAAAUACAUUUAUUAAAAUGGCUUCAAAUAAAUAAAGCUACAAAGCAGAUGUUAGCUUCCGUUAAUAUCAAUGCACAAAGAGCUGAGGGGCGUAUCUGUUGUGACAAUUAAAAUUACAAUAAAGAAUUUCUAUAUGGUAACAAUAUUACACUUAAAAUUAGCUUCAAACUCUUGUUGCACAUCUAAGUGCAGACAGUCUGUACAGACAAUAUUAAAGCUAUUAAGGGAAAGUGGCCAGACUAAUGAUAUCCUUAAGAACUCACAAUACACAUUUGUUCAUCAUUUGCUGACUGGAACCAGUUUACUAUGAGACAAAAACUGCUGUGCUUCUUAAUUCUGGUACUAUGACUAAAAUAAAUCUAAAUUAAAGCAAACACAAACAAAUAUCCUAUGACAUUCUACCAUUAUAAUCUACAUUAUCUAUAUAUAGUACAACUGUCAGACUUAUGAUUGCAAAAUCAAUACUAUUUGGGUAUCAAUCCUCUAUCUGUGCAACAAACAGAGUUAUCACUUUUAGAAAACUUUC